GUAAGUUGUGUCAUUGUUAUGAUGUUGAAAUUGUUGUGACUAUUGACUUACAACAUUUAUUUGUGAUUUGUUAUCAUUGCUAGAGUUAAGAGUAAGACUGUAAAGGCUAAAGAGCCUGAGAGGCCAAAGGCUCGCCGCCCCAAAAAACCCCUCUGUCAGGGCUACAAAAUCAACCCCUAAAAUAGCUCUUAUGCUAGCUCCUGCACCAGCUUUUGCACCAAAGGUUAAAGAGGUAGAAGGUAGUAGAAAGGAAUGAAAGGGGGAGAACGUAGGUGCACAAGUAGUAGCGGCCCCUUUGAGGAAAUAGAUCAUCAAGCCAAAUUUCAGAGGGUAAUUAGCCAGGAGUUGCAGAAAAGUAAAAGAUCUUCAGUUGCUAGUCCAAUUCCUACUAAGACGCCUGCAGUUGGAGGUUUUGGCUCGCCUACUGUUGCUACUUCUACUGUGGUUCCAGUUUCAUUCACUUCAUUGCCUGCUCACGUUGCCCUAAGUUCUGCUUUAGCUACUGUAAUGAUCCCUACAAUCCCAGCCAAGGCCCCUGUUGCUCCUCCUCCAUUAAGGGUCCUUACACCCAUGCCAACAACUACUGCUCCACCAGCUCCUACUGUAGCCUCAGCCCUUGCUCAAGCCUUAGUUCAUUUGCCUCCAUCAACAACAAUUGCGGCUAGAAAUGUGACACUAGAGGAUAAGUUAGGUGGGCUUACCAUCGAAGAGUUCGAGGUAAGCCUCAAAGCAGCUGCCCUUACUACUGGUUAUGCUGUAGAGAGGCUGGACAAAGUGAGUUGCAAAUUUUACGAUAAUGUAUGAGAGGUUCAAGACCCUGUUCAUAGCUGAUGCCUUUUGUGUGUAGGUUAUCACCAACUUGCCUAAGUUUGCCAAGAAUAGGGCGUAACAAUUUCUAUUACUUAGCAAUUUGCAAAAUAAGCUCCCUUUAGUUAUUGAGAUAUAGUUUGUGUUGUUGAAGUUAUAUAUUUAUUGUGUUUCAUAUAAGGACUAUCUUUAAUCUAUUAUUGUGCUUUGUGCAGUCCCUGGCUAUCAAAGUGGGUAUUUAUGAGCAAGUUAGGAACUUGGUGGCUCAUCUGAACUUCAGGGAGGAGGAGCUAAAAAGGGAAAAGUAAAGGAUUGCUGAUAAGGCUACCUUAAUGAAGGAAAUGGAUGUUUUCAUUAAAGGGCUGGAAGCCCUCAAUUUCUCAUU